GACCAUCAUUACAAAAGCGACCUUCGUGUAGCUGUCGUUUUCGGUAUAUAAUGCGAAAGCGGCCGUUCCAAAAUUCAGAAACAAGUUCAACAUGAAAUUCUACGCAUUCGCUCUUCUUAUGGCAUUCCUCGUCAUCUUCGAGGUGUCCGCCCAAGAAACCGACUCUGCAGGUAGCGAGGGUGGUGAUGAGAGCUCUGGCAAGGGCAAAAGUGAAGGAAAGGGAAAUGGUAGGGUAAAGAACGAGGCAAAGAGAGAGGGCAGAGGAAAUAGCGAAGGGAAACGCAAGGACAAAGGAAAUGGAGGUUCGGAGGGUGAACAAUAAACUUAAACUUGUCUAUACAACGUUGACCCAUAGAAUAAACGAUUUGCAUUGA